AUGAUGAGCAGCUUCCGCCCCGUGCAGAAGGACAUCGAGCUCGUCCAGCCGCCUGGAGACUCGGUGUCCAAGAUCGCCUUCUCCCCGACACAGGACAUUCUCGGUGUCGCUUCUUGGGACAACAUUGUCCGUCUCUACAAUGUCAACUCCCAGGGACAGUCCGAGCCGAAGGCCAUGUACCAGCACGAGGCCCCCGUCCUCGACCUGACGUGGACCAAGGCGCAGCAGGUUGCUGCGCACGAUGCGCCGAUCAAGUGCGCCCGCUUCGUCGAGACGAACGGCAACUCGAUCCUAAUCACGGCCGGAUGGGACAAGAAGCUGAAGGUGCACAUCUACGACCUCGCCAACCCCUUCACAAAGUAUCGCCAGAUCGAGAGCCCGCUCAAGUGGCAGACGCGCGUCAUCUCGUGUUUCCCCCAGAGCGUUGGCGGAGACGGAUACGCCAUCGGCUCCAUCGAAGGCCGUAUCGGUAUCCAGAAGAACUUCUCGUUCAAGUGCCACCGCAUCGACAUCCCCACUGGAUCCAUGCCCGGAUCACCCGCCGUUACCGGAUCUCAGAACGUCUUCCCCAUCAACACGAUCUCCUUCCACCAGACCCAGGGCACCUUCUGUACCGGAGGCGGCGACGGCUCCCUCACCUUCUGGGACGGCAUGGCCCCGUACUCUGCGAAGGACCUUGGAAACGGCGACCCCGAGGCUCGCCCGAACCCCGUCUGGGGAACGCCAGUUGUCUCGACUGCGUUUAACCAUACGCAGGAGAUCCUCGCUUACGCCUUCUCUUACGACUGGUCGAAGGGCCAUGGGGGUGUCCCGCCUGCCAACCCGCCGGCAACGAAGAUCAUGCUUCACCCCGUCAAGCCGGAAGAGGUCAACAGGAAGAAGAAGUGA